AUAAAUGGCAGCAGUUGGCUGACAGUUGACGGCAGUAGCUUUCCAGGAUUGUGGAUUUAUCAGCGGGGAUUGAUAUUAUUGGUACAUUGAAGUGUAAACUACGUAGUUUUAGCAUUUGUUGACAAAAAUGUCUGAUAGCGAAAGUAAAGAAGACGGUGAUUUGGCGAAUUUUGCAAGUGAAUCGCUACUUAUGCCGAUGCCGGAAAACAUAGUUGUAUCGCAUCCCGGCAUCACAAGAAGCAAAUUUAUAAACCAUUUCCAAGUCGGCUACUUGCCUUUAGAGUUUCGAACUAUAAUUCGGAAUUUAGAGGACAAUGAAGAUAAUUCUGAGGAUAUAAUUAAGCUUUGGAAUGAUGUCAACGACUUUGUGCCACAGACUUUUGACGAUCUUGUAGCGCUUUACAAACUGUCCUGCGGUCUUAUGCUCUUGCCAAGUACCAUAGAAAUGACACAUCUGAAGCUGGGAGUAAUUCACAAAGUGUUCCGUCAUACCUCGCACGAUUGGGACGUAAAUCCUGUUAUGAUUCAUGUCAUCAGCAAAGAACUGUAUCCGUUUCUUGUCGACAGUAGGAACUUAAUGUAUUUUAUACGAAUCAUAGCAGUUGUGAGUCGAAUGGCCUUCUACGUUUCGUGCUGCUUGGCUUGGUCUCUCUUUUUCCGGAUUUUAGAUAAGGAAGUGAAAAUGUACAGGCUUCAUGACUUGCAGACCAUGGUAGAUGCAUUGAAAGAUGAUCUGGACCUUAAAAAAAUGGAGGAGAAUACGAGCGACUUUUAUUCAUUAUUGGACGCAAUGGCAUUUCUUAUUAAUGUGAUAGUCUUCAGAAAAUCCGAAGAAAUGAUUUGCGAGCGAUACAAUGAUAACUUUGUAAGUACUCGGGAGCAAAUCGACGUGUUAUAUCAAUGGGGCUCAAAUAUCCUUGACACGUUCCAACCGCACAAUGUAGAAAAUCAAGACCCGAUUCUGAUUGCUGAGCUGGUUAGAUUCGACAUUGUAGAUCCUUUGAGAGGGUUCCUAGAGGAUACUGACAUUCCCACAUAAGUAAAAUUAUUUUUUUUUCUACUAUAAGAUCACUCAUACAUGACAGGUAAAUAACGUAUUCAUCAAUCUUAUUUUGGAAAUUCCAGAAGCAAAUCCAUUUAAUGUUAACUAGACACACCAAAAAUUAUUUAAAAAAUAAUAAAACCAAAGUCUCAAAUAUCUGUUACUUGUGAAGUAAACUUUUUGUAAGAAAACAUUACAUUUAAGCUUGAAUGAAAUAAACAAUUCUAAAAGAAUUUCCCCCGAAAUUAAUAAAUACUACGAUAAUUCCCUGAGCGAAAACUCGAUUUGAUUCGAUGAACAUAUGAAGCGCGCAUACAGUUUGAGUUCGUUGAUAUGUAUGUGAUAUUCGAUUGAAAGUUUUAUCAGUUUGCACGUAUCAUAUCUAAACUUGUGGUAAUUAAGCAAGCAGGUAAGUAUAAUAAUUAUUUCAUUGUUUAUCUUUUCUUUCAUCUGUCGGUGUUACUUGCUUCCCAGUAAGAGUUUCGGAUCCUAUUAGAAAGUGUAAACGGUUUCCAUUGCAAACAUUUGAAGAAAGUUUAAAGUUGUGUGGAUCAAAUAGUUUGAUUAAUCGUCAUGAGCAACAAAGCACUCUAGAGUCGCUUUUAGGUUUCAGAAGGAUACACACUCUUCCAAUUCUUCUGUGCGGUGUGACCCUAAUAUAAUCUACUCGUUGACCUUAUUUGGAUGUUGGGUUCCAUUGCAUGGCAUAUUCAGCUAUGCAAAAGUGCUGUCACCACUCCCUGUGUUGCCCUUAGAUCAGCACAGAGAAACAUUAUCCCGGAACUACAUCAAAAUAGUGUUUGAAGUGAGGUAGUUGUUUUUCUAGGAUUCAGAUAAAUUACGAUAUAUGCUGGUCUUGGACCUAAAUAUGACGCAUGUCGUGGCAGCACGCCUGAGCGCAAAGCAGCAAAGUUAAUUUCUAGCGGCUGGUUUCAUAUCGUCAACAUCCACCUGCAUUAAAAUAACGACCAAUUCUUCAAUUUGAUAUAAUAGUUAUGAAUAUGUACAAUCCCUGGUUGCUUAUUUGUAUCUAAUCGUGUAUAAUAUCAUACACUUAAUCUUAUCUCUUCCUAUAUAAUAUUCUAAAGAAUAAAUUAUAAUCUAAGAUUU